AUGAGCAGCGUUGAUGCUGCCGGCGACCCUUCUCAGACCGUGACUCCAUUCGCUUCCUCGCCUGCCGAACAGCCGCCGUCCCAACCAGACCCACCUGCGCCCCAAGAACCACCUCGCGAUGCCGAUACAGUUUCUGGCACGUCUGAGGUAGAACAACGCGUGGAGCUUGCCGAGGCUGGGCAGGUUGUAGACGCGACCGCGCCGACCGUCGUCGAGGGAGCGCCAUCUCCCGCCCAACCCGAACUUCCCGCGACGUCGAACGAGCCGCUGGAAGGCGUGGACGCGGAGCACAUAGGCGGGGUGGUCGAUGAGUCCGGACAAUGGGCCGAGGACGACAGUCACGAACUCAAACGCGUCAAGGUGUACGAGCUCAUCGGCUCCCGCUGGGUCGACCAGGGCACCGCGUUCUGCUUCGGCGACUUCCAGGACAACGAGGCCCUCCUCAUCGCGCGCGCUGAGGAGGACUUCAACCGCAUUAUCCUUACGACCACUAUACGAGCCACGGACGUGUACCAACGACAGCAAGAAACACUAAUUGUAUGGACCGAGCCCGAUGGCGUCGACUAUGCGCUCAGCUUUCAAGACCCCGAGGGAUGCGCAGAGGUGUGGCAUUUCAUUGAGGAGGUUCAGCGACAUAUGAAUGCCGGUGAAGACAUGGUUCUUACCUCCUCACCGUUAAUCGGUCCUGAAGGUCCCGAACCCUCCGUCACGACUGCCAAUAUCAUCCGCUCGGGUCGCCUACCGCAACCUCAGAUGGGCAUCAUCGGGGAGAUUGAUACCGCCAUCAAGCAUCUCGCAAGGACAGCUAUCGUGAAAGAGCGAGUGUGUGAAUAUAUUCAAAACGAGGAGUAUAUCAAGGCUUUGAUCGACGUCUUCCACCAGGCAGAAGACCUCGAAAGCCUCAUUGAUCUACAUGCUUUGUUCGGCUGUAUGCAGACCAUCCUGCUACUGAAUGAACACAGCCUAUAUGAGCAUAUCCUGGACGACGAUAUCUUCCUCGGUGUCGUUGGUAUACUCGAAUAUGACCCCGAAUUCCCAAACUACAAGGCCAAUUACCGCGACUUCCUGCGCGAAACCUCCCGCUUUCACCAGCCGAUCCCCAUCCGUGAUGAUGCGAUACAGCGCAAGAUACACCAUACCUACCGUCUUCAGUUCCUCAAGGAUGUCGUACUCGCGCGCGCAAUCGACGACUCGACAUUCAACGUCCUCAAUUCAUCCAUCAUAUUCAACCAGAUCGACAUCAUCACCCACGUCCAGAACGACCAGGCGUUCCUCCGCGAGAUCGCCGGCAUGUUCAUGGACGACGACCUCCUCGCUCUCCUUGGCCUUCCCACGAAGAACGCCGGAGACGCGGCAGCAAAGGCAUCCGUACCGGGCGCGCCGAAAGACGCAGACAAGAUGGACGUCGACUCGACAGACGGGAAGGCGGCCAACGGCGCGACGCAACCGAACGGCCACGCGGAGGGCUCGAGCUCGUCAACAGCACCCAAUCAGGCGCUCUCCACAGAAGAGCUCACACGACGGCGAGAGGUCGUCUUCCUUGUGCAGCAGCUGUGCCAGAUGGGCAAGAACGUGCAGCUGCCGGCGCGCAUGUCGCUCUUCCGCGCGCUGGUCGAUCGUGGGAUCGUCUUCGCCGUACAGUGGGGGUUAGCGCAGACCGAGGCGGACGAGGAGGGCCGGCAGAUGAUCGCGACGUCGGGCGAGAUCAUGAUGGCGCUCCUAGACCACGACCUCAACGGCGUGCGCGGGCACGUGCUCAAGCAGCUAGGAACGAUGGAACGCGAGAAGCAGAGCGGGAAGAACGUGAAGGACAAGGAGACGGUGCUGAUGCUUAUGUGCAGAGUGCUGGUGCGGAGUCGGGAACUGGCCGUGCAGAGUCUGGUUGGGGAGGCGUUGAGGCUGUUGUUGGAGCUUGUGGGGGCUGAUGGUAUGGAGGGUCCGGUGAGUGCCUCGUUCUUGUUGGGGAUGCAUCAACGAGCCAAGGACGACCCAGGAAUAGAGAAGUUCCUCGACUACUUCUACAAGUUCUGCAUAGACAUCCUCUUCAAGCCUUUCCAAGAGAUACCAGAGUCCAAGGAUGUUUCCGACCCUACCUUCGCCCUAUCCCGCGAGAAGACUAAUUUAUUCUUGUGGCUAUGCGACCUCCUGUCGAACUUCACGCAACAACACUCUUUCCGCAGCCAUUUCUUUGUCCUAUCAUCCAACAUUGCUCCUCGCGUCGCAACUCUUCUUCGCUCCAAGGACAAGCACCUUCGUCUAGCCUCGUUCCGCUUCUUCCGCACAUGUCUACGACUGAAGAACGGGAACAUCUUCAAGCAUCUCAUCAAGCACGAUGUCUUCCAGCCUAUCCUCGAACUCACCACGCGCGAGUCAAAACGCGACAACCUCGUCAGCUCGACAUGUCUCGAGUUUUUCGACUUCAUGCGCCGCGAAAACAUCAAGGAGCUUAUCCAUCAUUGCAUGACGAAGCAUGGAGACACGAUACGAGCAUUAUCGGAGUCGUCUGUGGUGGGUCCGAGGUUCAGGGAUUUCAUCAGCAGAUGGGAGAUGAACAUAGAGCCUCCACCCAUCGAACGAAUCGAGAAGCUACCCAGCACGCCAUCACGAGGAUGGGGCCAGGGCAAGCUCCUCGACACUGCCGAGGAGGACUACUUCAACCAGGACGACGACGAAGACGAGCGCGUCCCCAUUGUCUCCACCCCGCCCCCGAUGCUCACUGGCAAGCGCAAGCGUCCCGCACGCAAUACAGGUAUUCCCGUUCGCGCCCCUCCAAAGCCCCCAUUCAACGGCAUCGCGCGCACGCUCCCGCUCGGCUCUCUCGUCGAUUACGGUGAGGGCGACGGCGACGACAUGGUCGGUGCCGAGAACGUCGCGCCCUCGCAAGCGCAGACGUUCGGGCGCGCGUCGCCCAUCCCGAGCGGUUUCAUCACCGUCGGCUUCCCGUCCUCCCCCGGGGCGGGGACCGAGCCUCCCGCGAGCCCGCGCAUCGCACAUCGGCAGGUGACGAUCAAGAACGCGAUCAACCCCGAGGACGACAGCGACAUUCUCGAGGAGCUCUCGAAGGGCCCCGCGACGCUACUGCCCCGGAUAUCAGGCAUGUCCGAUAUCGGCGCAGGGGCCAAGCGAAGGAGAGGCGAGGAUGACGACGACGAGUUGCUGGAGCGGCUGUCCAAAUCGAAGCGGCAGACACCAAAUCCCUCCUCACCUCCGCCGGACUUGGAUCCCUCGGGACCCAAGGCGAUAGCACCAUUGAAGAGUGGAGAUGAGGGGGGCCCGAAGAAGUUCAAGCUGAAGUUCGGGGCUGUCGGUGCGGCCGUUGCGUCGUCGCAGCCCGCAAAGAGCGAGAGCCCUUCAAGAACUAGCACAAAGGACGGGGACAAUGGCUAG